GGAAGUUAUAGGAGAAAUGGAUACAGAGAAAGGAUGGAGUGACGGAGGAGUAAGAUAAGGAGGAGGAGGACACAGAACCUGACCAGACAGCAAGGUUCAGUAAGUCACUGGCAGACAUGAACAGAAUAAUGGGACCUGGGAAACAAAGAAUGUGACUAUUAACUCCUCCUGUGCUGGAGAGUUUAAGAAGCUUCUUACCUGACUGCAUCAUUUUUUUUGACCUGUAGUCAGUUACUGGUCUUCAUGACAGGAACCUACAGCUGGCUAUCUCUGACCACUUCUGCUUUACUUCUGCACUGAUUCCGCUCAGAUUUUCAGAUUUACUAAGAACUUUUUCCCCUAACUCCUUUCAAGCCAGGAAACUCCAGUGACCGCUGUGUGUGCUCACCAAAAUGUCUGUGUUCAUGUGAACAUUGAAGACGAGCUUCCCUCAUUUCACCUGUUUAGCUUGGCACCUCACUGCCACAUUCCUCAAUUUAUCACCAAAGAGAGGACACCAACAUGGCUUUGCUAGCUCAACUAUGUCUAUGUCUGUCAGGACUUUCCUUGUGCCUGGGUCAGGAUGGGGCAGGCUGGGGACAAAUGAUCCAGUGGGAAGAAAGUGGAAGACAUUAUCGGCUGCUGAAUUCAGGGUCUGAAUACCAGGCUGCAGGAGAGGGCACAGGAGGAACUAGGGUUAUAUUGGAUGGAGGUCGAAGUGGUGUGGAUCUCCGCCGCCAAGCACCCACCAUACCACGCACUGGAUCUCAGACAGUCAGGGGCAAUGCUCGUCACCCAUUUGGUUUUGGACAAGUGCCAAAUAAUUGGCAAGAGGGAAGUGAAACAGCCAGCACAGGUCGCUUUAUUCCUUCCGCAGGUGCUGGAAGAGGAGGGGGUACUAGAACACGUCAAUCGUCAUCCCAGAAUUCUGUAGGACAGUCUUUUGUCCCAAGACCACAGCCUCCCUUUGUACCUCAGCCCGAAUAUAACCCUCAGGCGUAUGAAGAGAGCUAUGGUUAUUCUAGAGGUGGGGGUAGUUAUGCUGCACAACCUCCUUGGGGAGGAGGUUAUGAAGAUUUCUAUGAGGAGCCUUCACCACCUUUUGCACAACCACCAUAUUUUGCUCCCCCAGUUUUGCCCCCUCGGCAGUCAGCUCCAGUUAAUCCAGUUGUCCCCCAAGAUGGACUUGACAGGCGCUUUGCUCACAGUCUUUUCAGGGGAGGUGAUAUCCCUGUAGAAAGUGACCCAGUAAACCCAGUAGCAGGUGGAGGUGGUGAUGCAAGGCUGCCACCAUAUGGUGGAGUAAAUCAGGGAGAGGGAUACUAUGGUGCACAAAGGCCAGAUUAUUUUCAACCACAAAACCGUCCGGCUAGUACUCCGAGCAAUGGCGGCGAAUCACAGAUCGGACAACAAGGAAGAGCCAGUGUUGGGAGCGUUUUUCGUGGUGGUGCUCAGAGUCGUAGAGGGCUUCCUGAUUUGGUUCCUGAUCCAAACUAUGUCCAGGCUGCAACCUUUGUCCAGAGAGCUCAUCUGUAUUCCCUUCGCUGUGCAGCAGAGGAGCGUUGCCUUUCGAGCUCUGCAUAUGCGGCAGAUUCUUCAGAUUAUGAUGUUAGAGUUCUGCUUCGCUUCCCACAAAGAGUGAAGAACCAGGGAACUGCAGAUUUCUUGCCUACAAGACCCCGCGAGACAUGGGAGUGGCACAGCUGCCAUCAACACUAUCAUAGUAUGGAUGAAUUCAGUCAUUAUGAUCUAUUGGAUGCCACAACAGGACGGAAAGUGGCAGAGGGACAUAAGGCCAGCUUCUGUUUGGAGGACACCACAUGUGACUUUGGAAACCUCAAGAGAUAUGCAUGCACCUCUCAUACUCAGGGUCUAAGUCCUGGCUGUUAUGACACAUACAAUGCAGACAUUGACUGUCAGUGGAUUGAUAUAACAGAAGUAAAACCAGGAAACUAUAUACUUAAGGUAGUAGUCAAUCCCAAGUACAGCGUUUUGGAGUCUGAUUUCACCAAUAACGUGGUGCGGUGCAAUAUCCACUAUACUGGAAGAUAUGUGUCAGCCACUAAUUGCCGAAUCACACAGUUCUGAGCAAGAUUCUUAAGGAAAUUAUUGUGCAUAGGAAUUUUGGGAAUCCUAUGCCAUUCUCACAAGCACUCGAGCAUUCUUAUUAAUACUUUUGUGAAACCCCCUCACUUUUUAUACCCAUUAAAUAAAUUCUAUUACUGCCCUCCACGUAAAUUCAUCUGGUAGAAAUGUGUGGUUUCUUUUGAC